AUGAUGAACAAGCUCCUGGUAGCGUCGCUAUUAGCGAGCACGAUUAAAGCGCAAUAUAAUCUCACCUAUUUGCGCCUCUUCUAUAACAUAGAGCCAACCCUCACAUCGAUGGGCUCUGACGAUACAGCCACCACCUACGAGAAGAUCUGCCCCGAAACAACAACUACAACUCCUGCACCUUCGUCGACCGAUGAUGCAUGGUACUAUGACUCCCCAGCCGAACAGUCCUCAAAAUCUGCCUCAUACUCAAGCGCCCUUGCCGCUUGGAUAUCGUACUAUGAAACUGCAUUGCCGGCUCAAACGCCUACAACAGGACCAAAGUCCUGCGAUCCCUUCACUAUGAUUCAAGGUCCCGAGACAUGGGCGUUCCACAAGACUGUCUCCGAGUAUACUAGUAAAGCUGAUGCUACAUGGACUGGCGUGAUGACUGAGGUUCCAAUCACAGUACACGGCGAGUUCUUCAAUGGAACAGAGACUAUAUAUGCUAGUGUUACGAAUGUCAUACAGCAGUCAGAGUUGAGGGAGUGGCCGUCACCCUUAUAUGCUGUUGCUACAGUUGUGGAAGCUACGACUUCACCCACACCAGCAAACACUGAAGAUCUAGACGGGGCCCUCGAAGCCGGGACACAGGCUGAUGGAAGUGAAGGGAAGGCGCCUAGUGCGUCACUGCCAACUGGCGCGAUGCUGGUGAUCGGUGGAGCAGCAGCGAUUGGUGGAGCGGCUUGGGCAUUUUGA